CUAUUAACAUGGAAGCUUCCUUACACUGAUAUUGAUACAUAUUUUGAUUUUGUUCGUUGUUAGAGGGCAUACUAAUAGAUGUAGAUCAAAAGACCAUAGUAAAUGAUAGAUGAUUAUAUUAUAUCUAUAACUAUUAUCUAUAUAACUUCAGUAAAGUGACAAUAGAGAUGUCUUCAUAACUGAGUGUAUUAUGUCAGUCACAGGCUAAGAGUAAGAGUAAAAUUCUCAUUUUUAUGGCAAAUUACCAAGAUCAUUUGAAGAUCUAAUAAGUCGUCUAGCGAGAGACUCUACUACUCCAAUCUAGAUCUAUAUAUUAUAUUCUAUAUAAGUAUAUAGAUAUAAAAAUAGUAUAAUUAUGCAUUUACUAAAGAUCCUGAAGUUGUACAAUCAAUUAAUACUUUAUAGGCCUGGACAUUUUAAGUUAACCAGCCGAUGGUCAUCAUGGAGUUCUAAAGAUGUCAGAUCAACAUUUAUCAACUAUUUCAUCAGCGAAGAUCACACAUUUAUCCCCCCUUUGUCCGUUAUUCCCAAGAAAAGGGAGGGAACAUAUUUUAUCAAUUCGGGCAUGAAUCAGUUUAAGCCUAUUUUUUUGGGUGAGUGUGACCCAACUGAUAAAUUUGUUCAUCUUAAAAGGGCUGUGAACAGUCAGAAAUGCAUCAGGGUAGGUGGCAAACACAAUGACCUGGAGGAUGUGGGUCAUGACCUAACGCACCACACUUUCUUUGAAAUGCUUGGCAACUGGUCCUUUGGAGACUAUUUUAAGGUCAGAGUUUGCCAAAUGGCAUUUCAUCUACUGACUAAAGAAUUCAAAGUUCCUGUAGAAAGACUUUAUUUUACCUAUUUUGGUGGAGACAAAUCCCUGAAUCUUUCUGCUGAUGAAGAAUGUAGACAAAUAUGGCGCUCACUUGGUAUUCCAGCUGACAGACUUAUUCCUUUUGGUUUGAAGGACAACUUUUGGGAAAUGGGGUUAUCUGGACCAUGUGGACCCUGCACAGAAAUCCACUAUGACCACAGAGGGUCAGUUUGUUCUCCAGCCGAAGUAAAUUCAGGAUCACCAGAUGUAGUGGAGAUCUGGAACCUUGUGUUUAUGCAGUACAACAGACUUCCAGACAGCUCUCUGGUACCAUUACCUACUCAUCAUGUGGACACAGGGAUGGGGCUGGAGAGAAUGGUGGCUGUUCUGAAUGGAACUGCUGACAACUACAGCACUGAUCUAUUUCUACCUUUGUUUAAGGAGAUUGAAAAACUUUCAGGCUGCCCUGAAUAUAAAGGAAAUCUGCUACCUCUUGACACAAGCUAUAGGUUAUUGGCUGACCACACAAGAAUGUUUACUGUUGCCAUUAGUGAUGGCCUACUGCCAAGUCAGGACAAUUUGGGCCAUAAACUGCGCAGUCUUCUAGUACGAUGUGUUGACUUGUGUAGGAAAGUGUUUCAUACUGAUCCACUCACCACUUUACCAUUACUGGUUUCUAGAGUUAGAGAAUCUCUGGGUUCUGUGUAUCCAGAGAUAGAACAAAGUGAAAAGAAGGUCUGUGAUAUAGUUCAAGCAACGAUCCACCACUAUGAUAAGCACAAAGAACAAGCCAUGAAAUCUUUCAAUAAAAUGUUGUCCAAACAUGGAAAUAUAAAGGUGUUGCCAGGGGACAUAAUGCUUCAGUUGGAACAUGGUGGUUACUUUGGUAAACCUAUGGCCGUCGAGAUGAUCUCUGAGUUGGCAUCAACCCUUGGGAUUAGUUUAGACAUGGAUGGCUACACAAAGCUUUGCCAGAGCACAAAAGCUGACAUCUCUACAUUGCCACUGACAUCAUUGCCAGACAGGGCCAGUUCUUUGGUGAAUCAGAUGCUGCAACUGGGUGUAGCUCCAACUGAUGACAGUUAUAAAUAUAGUCACUGUUCCUUAGGAGACGGUGUCUUUGAUUUCACACAAAUGUUGGAAGUGAUUAGCCCUGUGCAUGUACGAGGUAUCAGUAAAGACAAUUGUUUGCACAGAGAACUGCUUGAAUCAGACGUUGGUGAGGUUGUCCUGGACAAAACAUGUUUUUACAGUGAAGCUGGGGGCCAGGAGGCAGACCAAGGAGAACUAGUGUCAGAGACUGGCACAUUUCAAGUCACUGAUGUCCAAAGGAAAUCUGGUUAUAUUGUCCACUAUGGUCACAUGAGACAAGGCACACUGCAGAUUGGCCAGCAGAUAGAGCCCAGAAUUUACCAGGAAAUUCGAGAGGGAUGCAUGCGUAAUCACACGGCCACACAUCUCCUUCAGUCUGCACUGACAGACCUUCUCCCUUCAACUCAACAGCAGGGCUCAAGUAUCACUUCUCACAAACUGACGUUUAAUUUCCUGGCGCUUUCUGCGUUAGAUAGUAAGAGUAUUCAACAAACACAAGCAGCAGUGCAGAGCUUCAUUAAAAAGGAAUAUUUGGUGUCCAGGACAACACUUCCAUUGGAGGUAGCUUUGAAAAUUCCGAAUGUGAAAGUUUUACAAAAUGAGAAAUAUCCAGAAGAAGUGUCUGUCAUUUCAAUUGGACCAGAGAAUGGUAGUUUUUACAGCUCAGUUGAACUUUGUGGAGGAACCCAUGUACUUAACACCUCAGACCUGGAAGACUUCUGCAUCACUCAGAUGACCAGUAAAGCUCAAAAUGUGAAGAGGGUGACCUGUGUUACUGGAUCACAGGCUCAACUGGCUCACCUCAAUGGCAGUGUUCUCAGGUCAAUGUGCCAGCUGCUAGAAGACUUAAUCAAACAUCAGCCUGGACAGAAUCAUAGUGUUAAACAAAGCCUCAAAUAUGCACAACAGGUUCUACAUGCACUGGGUGCUCAGCAAGAAAGACUUGAACACAGCCUACACUUGCUGGCACAGAAUGUUUCUGAUUAUUAUGCAAGACUGAAGAAUCUUAAUGAAGAAAACCAAAAGACAAGAUCUCUUAUGCAAUCUUAUAUUGACAUCCUGAAAAAGAUUGCUACAGUGGGUCAUGAAGAGCAGGAUAUAAAACAGCUUUUUACCCUCAUCCGAAAGAUUCAACAGGUUGAGUUGGUGCCUAAAGUAGUCAGAGAAGAGGUUCAUAGCUGCUUGGUCAAGAAUGAACAGAAAGUCACAGAAAUGAUCAACAAAAAGAAUAUUUCUCACAUAAACCAGUUGAUUGAAGAUCAGUUUAAGAGGUUUCCUGACUCUUCUGUUGUUUCACUGACUGUGAAUGACAUUGAUAUUAAUCAUAGACAGAUAACUAAAUCAUUAUCCAAACAAAUGCUGAGCAAAUGUGUCAUUUUACUGAACCAAUGUCACAAAACUACAGAUCUGUUUAUAAGUCUUCCACUGUCUUCUUUCCAACCUCUAGUUGAUGAAGAUUUGGACGAACUCAAAGCUCUCCUGAAAGUUGAAGCUAAGGGGAAGUUAUCUGCACAAAACAGCACUGUAGCUAUUUAUACAUUUCAUCUCCAAGGGGAAAUAAAUCACACUAACUCAUUAAUAUCUUAUAUAGAAAACUUAAAACCAAAGCAGUAAUGUGAAAUUUUAUGAUUGUAAUAUUUGUUUUGUUAUAUUUCAGUUUUUGUAUUAAAUUUACUAGAUAUUGCA